AUUGUAAUUUGCGUUGUUUCUUCCGAGCACAAGAGCACAAAUUCUUACUGGUUGGAGAUUUAAGCAUUAUUAGCCCGCCGUUGUCCAUCACGACUAUUGGCCAUCCCCCGAUUGUGGUGGCCACCGACUGGGGGACUCGUUGUGAACGGGCCAAGUAUAGUUCCUUCUCCUGAGGGGAACCAGCACAAUCUGCAUCCGAAUCCGUGUGUCCACCUGUCGUGAGAAUAAAAGUCCGUAAAACCGCAACGAACUAUGUCAAGGGAAGGUCUCGGUUUGCCACGCGGAAUCGGUCAACGGGAUUACGGAGCAAUGAGCAGUACGGCAGGAGGGACGGCCUCGACGGAUGCCAACUUCGGGGGCUUCAGCCCGACCGAGUUCAUUUCGCUGAGCGAAUCGAUCGCGGCCAACACGAUCUUCGUGAAGCAAAGCUGGCAGUUUCUGGAGAAAGCCAACCGGACGGUCGGUACGGCCAAGGAUAAUCCGUCGCUGCGGGAUAAAAUCACCGACAUCCAAACGGGAACUAACCAGCGGAUUACUUCCACCACGAAUGACCUACAGCGGCUAACGGUUGUCGUACGCGGCGGAGAUAAACAGCAGAAACUUCAAGUGGAGAAACUGACCUCCGAUUUCAAGCAUGUGGUAGAGUUCUACUCCAAGAGCCAACAGAGCAUAGCGGCAAAGAUGAAGCAGGUGUUUCUCGUGAACGCCUCGCAGGCCGACGAUCAGGCCUCCUACGGUGUGGGUGAUAGCUCGUCCGAGUUGCUGCAAAAACAGAUGCAGAUCCAGCAGAGUCUCCAGUUUGAGCAGGACAUGCUGGUAGAGCGAGAACAGCGCUUCCGUCAGAUUGAAGAAAACGUGCUGGAUGUUAAUGUAAUCAUGCAGAAACUGAGCACCCUCACCAGCCAGCAGAGUGAAGUCAUUGACACAAUCGAAAACUCGAUCGGACGAACGGCAGAGAAUGUGGAGGGCGGCGCCCAGGAGCUGGAGAAGGCGGCCACGUACCAGAACAGGUAUCGCCGCAAGGUGCUGAUACUGCUUGUGAUCGCUGUGAUACUAGGGCUAAUCGUAACCGGCACCAUUGUGUCGAAGCUUAAAAACUAAAAACUUCGGGCAAAGGGUCGGUUUACAUUUUCUUUUUAAAGAUUGUUUCACACGUUUCGCUCGGAUGCAUGAGGUGGUUGAUUUGUUUGUCAUUUUACCGUCUACCCUAAGCCCCCGUUUUAGCGCCAUUUUUGUUUGCUUGCUUUUCCACUACUUUUUAACUAUUGAUUUCCUUUUUCACCCAUUCCGGCGUAGCACGAUGAUACACAAUCUCAUUUCCGUGCUUACGCACUUGCAUCGAAUAAUCAAAACAGCGUUUAUGUGGUCAAGUGUUAUCGAGGGGCGUUGGCGUUGAAUUUGUCAGUUAUUGGAUAGGAAAAUAAAGUUUAUACACCGAAUCCACGCACU